AUGGAUAUGCGUAACCGUUUUGAACUUUCAAUUCCUUCUACAUAUUUUGGAAAUUGUUUGAUGAUGUGUGGCACAGCACUACCAAAGAGAAAGUUAUUGGGAGAGAAUGGUAUAUGUGAAGCAGCAAAUGUUAUUGCAAGGGAAAUUAGUUUGGCAGAUCCAUUAAAAGAAGUUGAAAAGUUUGGAAUAAAAUCAAAUAAUUUUGUUUGUGUCAUGGGGUCACCAAAGUUUGAUGUGUAUGAAACUGACUUUGGAUGGGGAAAUCCCAUUUUAAGUGAAAUUCUUCAUUUGAGUGAUUCAAAUGGUUUUCUUCUUUCUGAUUCAAAGGAUGGAUAUGGUAGUAUUGAAGUUUCUAUGUUGCAAGAAGAAGCUCAGGUGAAGAAAUUUACUGACAUCUUAGACGUGCAACUUAGAGACAUCGUAGCUUUUGAAUGA